CCCCUGUCCCCCCCAUGUCCUCCCCCGUCCUCAGGCUCUCCCCUGGUCGUCUGUAUAGUGUCUGUAACGUCCGCUCUGGACAGCUACGGUGAGGUGGACAACUGCUGGCUCUCACUGAAGAACGGCGCCAUCUGGGCCUUCGUGGCCCCGGCUCUGUUUGUCAUCGUGGUCAACGUUGGCAUCUUGAUAUCCGUGACCAGGAUCAUCUCUCGGAUCAGUGGAGAGAAUUACAAGGUUCACGGGGACGCCAACGCGGUCAAACUCACCGUCAAGGCGGUCGCCGUCCUCCUUC